CGUGCUUGGGUUAUGCAUUUAUUAAUCAAAGAAGGCAUGCUCAAAGAGUGCAAUUCUAGUGCGAUUGAUAAAUAAUAAAUGAAUCAGCAACAAUAGUGUGACAAUGGUUAAUCAUAGGCGGCGUAAGUUUUCUGAAUCUUAUGAAGAAUUUGGAGAAGAUCUUCAAGGAUCGCGGCUGAAUACAGUAGAACCAAGAUCCGCAAGGUUGACAGCCGAAACUAGCACUAAUAACACUGCGAAUGGCAAUAACAACAUUGAAGCUCCCAUGGAGCUCACUUCUGUUGCAGUUAUUCCAGAUGAUACAUUUACGGUUAGCCAGGCAGUCAACAUGCUGGGUUUUGGCAAAUUCCAAGUCAAGUUGUCCUUAUUCACUGGCCUCUGCUGGAUGGCGGAUAGUAUGGAAAUGACUAUUCUAAGUAUUCUCAGUCCUACACUACACUGUGAAUGGGAUAUCACCAGAUACCAGCAGGCUUUAACUACUACGGUAGUUUUCUUGGGUAUGAUGCUGAGCUCAACAUUCUGGGGAAAUUUGAGUGAUCGAUAUGGCAGAAAACAGGCAUUAACCAUCUGUGCUGUAUUGUUGUUCUAUUAUGGAUUUCUCAGCGCAUUUGCUCCAAAUUUCCUUUGGAUUCUCCUGCUUCGAGGACUCGUGGGUUUUGCCAUUGGUUGUGUUCCACAGUCUGUCACCUUGUAUGCCGAGUUCCUUCCUACAAAGCAAAGAGCCAAAUGUGUCGUCCUAUUGGAUUGUUUUUGGGCACUUGGAGCAUGUUUUGAAGUGGUGCUAGCUUUAGCUGUGAUGCCGAUCCUUGGCUGGAGAUGGCUUCUUGUAUUAUCCACCCUGCCUUUAUUUGUCUUUACUCUCAUUACUCCGUGGCUUCCUGAGUCAGCGAUGUUUGACGCAGCAUCGGGUCGAAUGGACAAAGCUCUUUCCACUUUGGAGCGAGUGGCGAGAGAAAAUGGCAAGCCCAUGCCACUAGGCAGAUUAGUCGUUGACAGGUGUUACCGGAGUGGUAGAGGCAGGCUUCUUGAUUUACUGUCUCCAGAAAUGCGUCGUACCUCCAUUCUACUCUGGCUAGUGUGGAUGACAAGCGCGUUUUGUUAUUAUGGAUUAGUACUGAUGACAACGGAGUUGUUUGGAAGCUUACCAGGUGAGUGUAGUACAUGGGCGACCAAAGAAGCAGGAGAGAAAGAUUGUAGAUUGCAAUGCCAACUAGAGAGUAGUGAUUAUAUGGACCUUCUCUGGACAACGUUGGCCGAAUUUCCUGGUAUUUUUUGCACUAUAUUUGCUAUUGAAAAGAUCGGUCGAAAAGGAACGAUGGCCGGCCAGUUAGCCGUAUUUGCGAUGUGCGUCUGUCUGUUAAGCAAAGCAUGUAUUCUGAGUCGAACUUUUCUGACCAUUGUAAUAUUCUUGGCUAGAGGAUUGAUUGCUGGAGUAUUUCAAGCCGCUUAUGUAUACACCCCAGAAGUUUAUCCUACCCAUUUGAGAAGCGUAGGAGUUGGCGCCUGCAGCGCUAUGGCACGGUUAGGAGCUAUGUCAACUCCUUAUGUGGCGCAAGUAUUACUUCAAAAAUCUCUACCCAUUGCAAUGGGUGUGUAUGCUUUUGCUGCGUUACUAGCAGCUGCCGCUACUCUCGCGUUGCCUAUCGAAACUAAAGGCCGAGGGCUGAAUGAAGGUUCUCCUUCUACAAGUCAGCAUUGAGUCAAAUUAUUUAAACCUCAUUGACAAUAUCAAGACUAUAAAUUACGAUUUUCACUUUUUCCUAGAGUAAAAGUUCAAAAAUUUUACCAAUGGUCCAAGGUUGCAGCAUAGCCUUAUAGCUAGUUUUUACAAUCAAAUUAUGAUUUGAGAUGACGGUUCAAGUUGAGGAUAUGACUGUUGUUACUCCAAAGGGAUUCAUUCUUACUCUGACUUAUUCAAUUUGUAAUAAUGACUGCUCAACUAUCAGUAGCUUCUAUUGACUAUGUACAACCGACACUAAAAAUAAAGUAUUAAUCAGUGAAAUAGGAUUAGAAUUAUCAGAAAUUAACGUUAUUAAAUACAAUUCUUUUAUUCGUGUUAAUUUGGAAAUCAAAUUAUGUAUUUGUACGUAUAUCAGAGGGGGGAUUUAGGCUUCAAAUCUGUGUAUUCAAUUUAUACAUAUACCACUUUCACAAAAGCACAUGUCACUUUUUCAAAUUUAUCUACACUUAUGCCUAUUUAUCUAUUUAUCUAUUUAUUUAUUUAUUUAUUUAUUUAUGCAAUACAUAUAGUGAACUGUAAAGAUCUUUCCAUCCUUUUGUCUGCAUGAAUAUUAAAAUACAAAUAUAAGAUCAUCUGCUCGUGUACUCUGCAAUUAUCAUUGACAUUCAGUAUCCCACAGACAAAUGAGCAAUAUGCUGCAACUUUAGUAAAAUUACAAGCACAACAUAAAUAAUCCAAAUAUACAGAUUUUUCUAUUGGUUUGUUUAUAUCUUUUUUUCACACAAAAAGUGACAUAACUGCUUUUGCUGAGAGCUGUAAACUGGAUGAAAGUUCUUUAGUCAUCUCAAACUCCGUUUUAGACCAGCUGUUUGGCUAUGAUGACAAAAACUUUGGGUACCGUGUGACCGUUAUGAGACGCGAAAAUAAAUCUUCCGGCAUUAAAAUGGAAAACAAUGUGAUAUUUUAAGAUAGCGAGAUACUAAUAUCUGAACUUUCUUCGUGAGGUGGAUUAGGAUGCUAAAUCCAAUUUUAUCGCCCUCCAUCUAGGUUUCCAAAUGCUCUUUUAUACGUAAAUAAGUACCCAGAUAACAUAUAGAUGUAUAAUAUAUAUUAUUAUAUAUUUCUUUAUAGUAGAAUUUAUCAUUCAGAAUAUAAUGACAACUUUAAAGGGUAUGCUAUCCACGCAUCCCAUAUUAUGUGGUAAAUAACUAAAUAAAUAUGUUUUUCUAAUAUGA